CCUGACAGUGUUUCUCUUUCGCCUUUGUGUCUGCAGAGGGAAGUCGUGAAGGAGUAAUCGCAGUUGGAGAGAGUUUCUGGGUCUUGAGGAUACUUUGGAUUUCUUUCAACUACUGGGAAUAACUGAGAACUGCCAUUGACGGACCACUUUUUUUUUUUUUCAAACUUCUAAAUCUUCCUGCGGCAUUUCUUACAUUUUCCCAUCCUCCAGUGACCUUUCUGCUUGAGCAGUUUCAUACUGUGAAACCAAAUCAUACUGUGGGGGUGUGUGGUAGCUCUGGACCAUGCUCUCCCUGUGGCUGCUCAUGCUCCCUUGCCUGAGCCUGGUGCCUCCGGUCCCGGCUGAGAAGGGCCUGGAGUUCCCACGUUACGAUGGGAAAGACCGCGUUCUUGAUAUCAACGACAAGAACUACAAGAAAGCCAUGAAGAAGCACAGCAUGCUUUGCCUGUUCUACCACGAGCCCAUACCAGAGAGCAAGGAACUGCAAAAACAACACCAGAUGACUGAGCUGGUGUUGGAGCUGGCAGCUCAGGUUAUGGAGGAGAAGGACAUUGGAUUUGGAAUGGUUGACUCCCACAAAGACGCAAAAGUGUCAAAGAAACUGGGCUUAGAGGAGGAGGGAAGCGUGUAUGUUUUUAAGGCUGACAGGGUGAUCGAGUUUGAUGGUUUGCUCUCUGCUAACACCCUGGUGGAGUUCCUGUUGGAUCUGUUGGAGGAGCCAGUGGAGGUGAUAGGAAAUGCUGCAGAGCUUAGAGCCUUUGAUAGGAUGGAGGAAGACAUCCGUCUCAUUGGCUACUUCAAGAAUGAAGACUCUGAGCAUUAUGAAGCUUUUAAAGAAGCUGCAGAGCAGUUCCAGCCCUACAUCAAGUUCUUUGCCACAUUUGAGAAAUCUGUGGCCAAAGAACUGACUCUGAAAAUGAAUGAGGUAGAUUUCUAUGAGCCCUUCAUGGAGGAACCAGUUACUAUACCAGGCAAACCUCACUCAGAGGAGGAGCUAGUGGAAUUCAUCAUCGAACACAGACGACCAACGCUGCGAAAGCUACGUGCAGAAGACAUGUUUGAGACCUGGGAGGAUGAUAUUGAAGGCAUCCACAUUGUGGCCUUUGCUGAGGAGGAGGACCCUGAUGGUUUUGAGUUUUUGGAGAUCCUGAAGGAGGUGGCCAGAGACAACACUCACCUACCUGAACUCAGCAUCGUCUGGAUUGAUCCUGAUGACUUUCCCCUGCUGAUCCCCUACUGGGAGAAGACCUUCAAGGUGGACCUGUUCAGACCCCAAAUCGGAGUAGUCAAUGUUACAGAUGCGGACAGUGUGUGGAUGGAGAUGGAGGAUGAGGAGGACCUGCCCACAGCUCAGGAGCUGGAGGACUGGAUUGAAGAUGUGCUCUCUGGCAAAGUCAACACUGAGGACGAUGAUGAUGAAGAUGACGACGACGAUGAAGAUGACGAAGAGGAGAGUGAUGACGAUGAGAAUGAUGACGAAGAAGAAGAAGAAGAAGAUGAUAAUGGAGAAAAGGAGGAUGAUGAUGAUGAGAAUGAUGAUGAUGACGACGACGAUGAUGAUGAUGACGACGAUGAUGACGAUGAUGAUGAUGAGUAAUUCAUAGUCAGGAAGCAGUAAACGUCUCCUCUUCUUCAGUCUUUAUUCUUCAGGCCGGGUCUAAUGUGAAUUUAUUUUCACUAAGAAUCGCUCAAUAUUUGUACUGAAUAUGUGUCUGCUACUAAUAUUAAGAUUAUUUAAUAUCCAUGAAUGUCAUUUUUUGACAUUGUAAAUAUGCCUGAAAUGGAUUUUGGGAUUUUAUGUAAAAGAAAAUAUAGUGGAUCAGACACGUUGCAAUAAAAUAUGAGAAUAAAUAUGAUAUAUGAAUGUCUGUUAAUAAUAAAGGACUAACAGUGUCAA